AAUCAGACCCUGUGACAGUAUUCGAUCCUCCUACGGAACUGCAACUCUGCAACACCAGAUAUUUCACAAUACCACUACUAUUACAACUUGUAUAAAGCUAAGAUAAAAAAGCAUAAUCACCUUUUUUUUCUUCAGUCUCUCUCAAAUUCUUCUUUAAAUAUUCUUGGUUUUUUGAUAGUUUCUUACAAUUAAACCUGAAAUUAGGAGAGAAAAUUUGAGGUUUUAACAAUGGCUACUAUGUCUGAAAAACCGAUUAUGUUGGUGGGAAUUGAUGAUAGUGAGCAGAGUUUUUAUGCAAUGGAAUGGGCAAUUGAUCAUUUCUUUACCCCUUUUGCUCCUAAUUACCCUUUUAAGCUUCAUCUUAUUCAUUCUAAACCUACUCCUGUUACUGCUAUUGGAUUUGCUGGUCCUGGAGGCUCUGAAAUUCUUCCAUAUGUGGACACUGAUCUGAAGAAAAUAGCUGCCAGGGUCAUAGAGAAGGCUAAAGAGCUGUGCCACUCUAAAUCGGUGGAUGAUGUUACCGUAGAAGUUGUGGAGGGUGAUGCUAGGAAUGUGCUCUGUGAAGCUGUUGAGAAGCACCAUGCUUCCAUAUUGGUUGUCGGUAGUCAUGGCUAUGGAGCAAUUAAAAGGGCUGUUCUUGGUAGCGUAAGUGACUACUGUGCUCAUCACGCUCAUUGCUCUGUAAUGAUCGUCAAGAAGCCUAAGGUUAAGCACUAAAAUCCCUUCCAAUGGAUGGUGACAUGAAAAGCAUGAAAUGCCAUGAGAACUGCCCUUCUUUCAUAAUAUUUAUUUGUGUGUAAUAAUUAUUCAAAACUUAUUUCCUUUGGAGUGUGAUAAAGAUCUAGAGAAUGAUACACAUGUAUCCUUGUAUAUUGAAUGAUUAGGUGAUAAGCCUAUGCCUGGCAUGGGUAAUUGGGAAUCAUUUAAUAUAGUAAUUACUUGUAAUUCACUCAAAAAAUUUCUUUUGCCAAGAAAAAUAAAUUAGGUACGGAGUAAAAACCUAACUAAAGGUUACCUAAUUCUUGUAUUUAUUCUUAUUGUCCUAUUAAAAAUUAAAUAAAAGGGUAUCAUCAGUUAUACCCUACCCUUUUUUUUUGGGAA